CGAAUUGUCACUCUUUCGUUUGCAUUUUAGUUGUUUAUCUUUCAGAAUGAGACAGCUUGCCUUUGGGGCCCCAAAUGUUCCAGACACGCUGUCUCUCUGAAGAGGCUGCACCAAUCACAGACCUCAAAAAACACCUUGUCCGUACUGCAGGUGUUCAAGCACGUGUAUUAAUUAACAAGAAACCCAAACACAUAUAGUUACAUAUUUAAAACAAUUAAACAACUAUAAAUAUCUGUAUUUGUAAAACAUAACACUUCAAGCGCAUAAGAGAGAAGAUGGUCGUUUUUUUGCAACUGCUUUAAUUAGUGUCAAAAUGGUUGUGACUCUACGUCACUUCAUUUGAUAUAUCUGUUGCCCGCUGAAUGUGUUGUUUUAUUUAUUUAUUUAAUUUUUUAGUGCCUUUUAAAGCACUAGGGAAUCACAAAAAAAAGUAAAUGCUAAUAUGGCAACAUUUUUUUUUGAGUUCCAGUUGACACGCUCCCCAGUGACCAAAUUUAACCAAUAAGAUAAGGUUGUCGCGGCGCUCUCAAAGGUAGUGAAUUCUUUAAAACGCGAUGCACGGAUAUUAACUGGAAUUUUACAAAACAGGACGAGAGUGGACAAGUUGUCUGGAGAAAACAUCUUAAAGAAAAUGAUUGAAGGAGAGCAAACAGAGGAAUGUAUCUUUGCGGGUUUAAACCAGGAGAGCUUGGCAAACUUAGAAACAUGGACUCAGAAAAUGGGGAUCUCCCUGGUUCAAGUAAAUGGGCAGAGAAAAUAUGGAGGCCCCCCACCAGGUUGGACUGCAUUCCCCCCUUCCUCUGGCUGUGAGGUUUUCAUCAAUCAAAUCCCCCGGGAUGUCUAUGAAGACAGCCUCAUCCCCUUGUUCCAGCAGGCGGGCGUGCUCUAUGAGUUCAGGCUCAUGAUGAACUUCAGCGGGCAGAAUCGCGGCUUUGCCUAUGCCAAGUACACUGACCCAGAAUGUGCUGAAGCAGCCAUUCGAAUGUUUAACCGCUACGAGCUGCAGAACGGAUGCUGCAUCACGGUGCGUAAAAGCACAGAGAAACGGGUGCUGCUCCUCGAUGAGCUGCCCAGGGCUGUGGAGAAAGACAGGCUCCUGUUGCUGCUCAGAAAAUUCUCAGACGGAGUGGAGGACCUCAAAAUAAUGCCCAGCCCCAAGGGGAGUGGGAAAGCUUCUGCUGCUGUGCAGUAUGUGUCACAUCACGCUGCUGCAAUGGCAAAGAAAGAUGUAGUUGAAGAAUUUAAGAAGUAUGGCAUCUCCAUCACAGUUCAAUGGUUCAAUCAGAUAGUCAAACCAAAAACCCAGAACAACAAGAAGCUGGCUGUGGAUACCGAUCCAGGUUUUAUGAAGAAAAAGGCUGAAGUUAGCACCAGAAACAAUGUUUAUCAGAAACCAAGCUCCCAGGAUGAUGACCAGCAAUACACCUUUGAUAUAAACCAACCCUCCAAAGAGGCGAGAUUGGAUGCGGUUAACUCUUUCAAUCAGCUGUGUAUUAGCUGCCAGUUUGGCUGUCCGUGGUACGAUAUGCAGUUGCUCCGUACUGGACCAGAUGGCUACCAGUAUUUCCAUGUCAAAGUGUUUGUUCCAGGUUUACCAUUACCUUUUGAAGGAGUUGUAAAAAUCCUGGCAGGUUGCUUGGCAACAGUUCAGGAAGAGGUAAAGAUGGCAGCGGCAAGCCAAAUUCUAAAGGCCUUGUCAGUGGGGUAGUUCCUUAUAUCCUUAAAGCCAACUGGUGGCUAAUUUCUUGGGCCACUAUUUUAUGUUAAGAUUUCAUUCAGGGGUUUACUGAUUUCUUUUAAUAUAUCAUGUUUUAAUUGUUUUUAAUUAACAUUAUUUUGUUACUUUGCUUUGUAUUGUUAGUUCAUUGGUGUGUACAGAUACAGUUUGAUAUGGUUGUUAAUUUUUUACACUUAAAAGUUAAAAUGGUUGUUUUUGUUACUUUAACAAUCACAUUAUAAGGCAUUUUGAAUGUUUGCACUUAGUUCUUCACUCACUUUUUGUCUUGCAUGUUCAGUUUUUGUAA